AUGUUUGCUAGUAGUUCCUCUGCAAAUGGGGACGACUCCAACCAUUUCCCUAUCCCAGAGAACUACGAGUUUCUUCAAAUCUUGGGGGAAGGCGGCUUUGGAAAAGUGAUCAAGUGCGUGAAAAGGGAAACCAACCAGACUGUAGCUGUAAAGAUCAACAAGUUGUCAAAAUCCUACUGCACACCGAAGGAGGCACACAUCUUGGAAACUCUCAUGGAACACAAUCUGGACAGCUGUAACAUUGUCAAGUAUGAGGGCUCAAUAUGCAGCAAGACUCAAACGAGCCUCGUGUUUGAGAUGCUGGACAUCAACCUGUGGGACUAUAUGAAAUAUGAAAAAAAUCAGAUGCAACUGGAGGACGUGCGGGGCAUCAUUCAACAACUGGCCGUAGCGCUUGAUGCCCUGAAGAGUGUUGGAGUAAUCCACGCUGACGUGAAGCCAAUGAACAUCGUGACGGUGGAUCGCAUGACCCAGCCCUUAAGGGUCAAACUGAUAGACUUUGGUAUAGCUCUCUUCAGGUCGCAAGCAAAGCCAGGAAUGAAUUUCCAGACACCUGCAAUUAGGUAA